UAAGUAUUGUACCUUACUGAACCCUCAUGUGGUACCAGAUCGCAGAUCGGGUACUGGAUUUAGUUGCCUUUAGUAGAUUUAGUAGAGUUCAGUAGCCUCUUUGUGGCUUUGUGCGUUUAGAAUUUUAAUGUCUUCAGUUAAGCAGUGGAGAUAGUUUUGGAACUGGUAAGUGGACCACUAACCUCUCAGCAGACCCCUAUGGGAAAUGGAAUGGGGCUUAGCCAGCUGGUGCGGAGGGACCGCUAUUUCCCGAUAGAGAAAGCGCUUAGGGGUCUCUCCCAUCCCGUAGGCCUACUGCUACAACUGCUUCUCUGUCUACUCUUUUCGGGAAAGACGAACACAGCCUGCAGUACAGCAGUGCAAGAGGCAUAUUUUUCUCCGAAGUUGGGCAGGCAUGUGGUGCUUUGCGUGGACUAUCCUCCUAUAGAUGAAGCUAGCCCAGUGACUGAGGUGGAGUGGAAGAAUUGUGGAAAGUCGAGUGUUAUUGUGAAACAUAAACAAAACAAGUCUGAGAUUUUUGGGCAAUAUAAACAAAGGACUCAAUAUUAUCAUGAAAAUAACACCUUGAUUUUGGAAAGCAGUUCAGAAGAGGAUGAAGGUAUUUAUGAAGUAACCCUGCUUUUCCAGAAUAAUUCAGUGUGGACCAGGGCAUUACGUCUGUCUUUAAUAAUGCCUCCUCCUCAUCCCAUUAUCAAAGUGGACAUGAACGACUCCCACGCGACACUGGAGUUGAGGUGUGAAGUGGAGAAUGGAACCAAUCUGUCCUAUCACUGGCUGAAAAGUGGCCAGCUCCUCCCUCAAGAUGAGAGGCAUUUCCUGGUAGAGAGGAACUCCACCCUGCAGGUCAACAACCUGACCAGGGCUGACUGCGUGAACUACACCUGUGUGGCAGCCAAUAGCCUGGGCAGCAGCGAGGGACACAUUCAGCUCAAUGGAAGUGUUAACGAGAUGUGCUCAGUGAGAGCUGCCCCUGCCCUGAAAUUGAACAGCAUUCUGUCCAUCGCCACUGCGGCCUUCUGUGCCUUUGGCAUGUGUGUCGUGAUCCUCUGUUUCAGACGACGUCAGGAAAUACGGCAGUGGCUAAAAGGCCACAACAGCCACGAGCAGCCAGCCAACCGCAGGCGAGGUCGGCGAAGAAUAACAAACGAGGCCGAAGCGACAGAGUUUCACGUGUAUGAUGAAAUUGGUGAAGAACAGGUAACCUGCUAUAUAUCGCCUGCAGCCCAGGAGGUAGUGCAGCUGAUGUGUGUCUACACAGACUUCAUACCAACCUGCCCCAAUGCAGGAUCUAGACAGAGGCCAGUGGAGAUUGAAGAUUUUGGCUAUUCCACAAUCCCCUCAGUGGAGCCGUAGUCACCCCAUUGGACUGUGGCCAUGUUUGAGCUGCUUGGAGCUGCCUCCAGUAGGAGAAAUGGGAGCAAUCUGAUGUUUUGACAUUAAGGAAAUAAAUAAGAUACCUGUGAGGUGUUUGCUUGAUAUACACCAAGAACAGUCUAAAUUCACGCUGAAUUUAUGAAAAAUACCAGGUGUGAAACAGAAAUAUUUUAAUAACAAAGAAUUAGCCAUUUAAUGUAGAUCAGUUUCUCAAUUUGAGUCUUUGUGUUGGUAUAUUGUAUCUUGCUGAUUGUGUUUUGAGCCUGGAUCGGCCGCUGGUCAGUUUUGCUGGCUGCAUGUUAUAACAAUAAAUGCAUGACGGCUGCUGGGUGGUUGGCUCAUCCUGUAUCGAACGUGGACUGUGCCAGUGCCAGCUGUGACCGGCAGCCUCUCCCCGCCCUGACUUGCAAUCAGGUCAAGCACAUGCAUUCCCCAGGGAUGGGAGGGUUCAGUGUCAUCGCGCGUUGGUGAUCCCCACUUGUCAAUCGGGUGCCCACACAUUCCUGUUGACUUACAGAUGAAGAGCCUGCCUCCCACUCAUGU